AUGACUCUUAUCACCACACCAACAACCCAGCUCCUUGGGAUCGAGAACCCCAUCCUCCUGGCAGGAAUGGGCCAUACGGCAGGCUCGGACCUGGUAGCCGCAGUCUCGAAUGCGGGGGGGCUUGGGGUCCUUGGUGGUCUUGGCUACACCCCACAAAUGUUGCGAGAGGCUAUCCAAGAAGUCAAACAAAAACUUAGGCACCCAGAUCUCCCCUUCGGUGUGGACCUGUUAAUUCCUCAGCUUGGAGGCUCCGCGCGCAAGACAAAUGUCGACUAUACUAAAGGAGCAUUGGACGAUCUUAUCGAUAUCAUCAUCGAAGAAAAGACAAGGCUGUUUGUCUCGGCUGUCGGGAUCCCCCCAAAGCAGGUGAUAGAUCGCCUUCAUGACGCAGGAAUUCUGUAUAUGAACAUGGUUGGCCAUCCGAAGCAUGUCCACAAAGCCUGCCAGGCGGGCGCCGAUUUGAUAUGCGCUCAGGGUGGAGAGGCAGGCGGCCAUACGGGGGAGAUUCCAACGAGCGUCCUCAUCCCAGCUUGUAUCGAUGCUUGCCGCCAAUACAAAUCCUCGCUCACUGGCAAGACUGUACAGCUCGUAGCAGCCGGUGGCAUUUUCGACGGCCGAGGUAUGGCCGCUGCGCUGGCGAUGGGCGCUGGUGCCGUAUGGGUCGGCACGCGUUUUGUCACAGCUCGCGAGUCUGCUGCUUCAAAACUGGGCAAAAAGGCCAUCAUUGACGCAGGAUUUGAGGAUACAAUGAGGAGUACAAUUUGGACGGGCCGUCCGCUACGAGCUCUUGCGACUCCGUAUAUUCGAGAUUGGGAGCUUAAUCGGCGCGAUGCCAUUGAAAAGCUACAAAGCCAGGGAUUGACCGUACUCGAUCAUGAGCUCGAUAAGCUGGCACGGGAGGGCAAGUUAACAGAUGAGAUUGAGGAUCAAUCUACGCAGAGGCCGAUGGGUUGUGGUGCUGCUAUGGUAAAUACGGCGGAUCAAUCAGCGCAUGAAAUUAUCUUAGAAAUGGUCAUUCAGGCAUUUACACUUCUGAGAAAUGCUGCGCAAUAUGUCACGCAUACCUCAAAACUCUGA